AUGACAAUUGGGAGUUCAAUUGCGUUCUAGAUGAACGGUGUAGCACUGAUAUUAUCGUGACAGGGAGAGGUACCUGGUCUAAGGCAGAGUAAACGUACUCCGUGUGCGAGAGAGGACUUUUGUGUGGGAUGAAUCAAAUUCUAGUUCCGCUUUUUUGGGGGAGAAUAUAAAGCAGUCUCUUGACAUUCGCAUUUCAUGACAAUAUUUUGACUGGAUUCCUAAUCAGUGGAAGGUUUUAAAGGCUCCGCUGUUUGUAUAGAUACAGUACAUUAAAAUGUGGUGGAGGGCAGUUUUACUGGUCAGUUUCAUAGCUCCUGCACUAGUUUCAGGUGGCCAUAACCCUUGUUGUUCAUACCCUUGUGAAAACAAUGGAGUAUGCAUGACCCAAGGAGAAAACUAUUACUGCGACUGUGCAAAUCUAGAAUUCUAUGGCAAACACUGUGAAAUCCCUACCUUUAUGAAGAAGAUCAAGCUGUUUUUAAAACCAAGCCAAAGCACUCUUCAUAACCUGCUGACAUCCAAAAAAUGGCUGUGGAAUAUCGUCAACAGCGUUCCAUUUCUGGCCAAUGCAGUGAUGAAAAAAGUUUAUACCAUGAGGUCAGAUAUGAUAGACAGUCCACCAACCUAUACCUCUGAGCAUGAAUACAUCACAGUGGAUGCUAAUUUCAACUAUAGUGUCUACACACGUACCUUGCCUCCAGUACCAAAGGAAUGCCCAACACCUAUGGGAGUAUGGGGAAAGAAGGUACUACCUCCUGCUGAAGACAUUGUGAAGGCGUUUUUCAUCAGAAAGGAAUUCAUUCCUGAGCCGUUAGGGACGAGUGCCUUAUUUCCUUACUUUGCUCAGCACUUCACGCACAUGUUCUUCAAGACUGACCUAAAGAAAGGGCCACAGUUUCAGUGGGGAGGACAUGGGGUAGACGUUUCUCAUGUAUAUGGAAAGGACAGAGAUUCUGAGAAUAACCUAAGAUCUUUCAAAGAUGGGAAACUCAAAGUCCAGAUCAUAGAUGGAGAAGAGUGGCCCCCCUUGACUUCUGAAGCAGAUGUCCCAAUGGGAUAUCCAAAGGGAAUGGAAAAGACCAAGCAAUUUGCUCUGGGACACUCCUUCUUUGGUCUACUACCAGGAUUGUUCAUGUAUGGCACAAUCUGGUUACGAGAACAUAACAGAGUGUGUGACAUCUUGAAAAAGGAGCACCCAGAAUGGAAUGAUGAGAGAUUAUUUCAAACUGCCAAGCUGGUGAUUCUAGGAGAAACCAUUAAAAUUGUUAUAGAGGACUAUGUAAAACAUCUCAGCAACUAUAAUUAUGAUUUGAUCUUUAAUCCUGAAUUGCUGUUUGGCGAGCCAUUCCAGUAUCAGAACAGAAUUGCUUUAGAAUUCAACCAUCUUUAUCACUGGCAUCCCCUGAUGCCAGAUGAGAUUAACAUCAGUGGAACUAUGUACAAUCUAAAAGAGUUCAUGUUUCAUCCAGAGCUUGUUGUAAAACAUGGAAUGAGGAACUUUGUGGAUUCUCUGUCCAAACAGAGAGCUGGAUUAUUUGGACCCCGAAAUCAUGGCCCCGUGACAAUUCCUGUGGUGACAGAAUUGAUCAAACAUGGCCGCACCUUAAGGCUGCAGUCAUUCAACCAGUAUAGAAAGAGAUUUGACAUGGAGCCUAUCAAAUCUUUUGAAGAACUGACAGGAGAGAAGAAAAUGGCCAAGCAACUUGAGGAUUUUUAUGGUGAUGUUAAUGCUGUGGAGUUUUAUGUAGGAUUGAUAAUGGAGAAAAGAAGACACAAUUCUAUGUUUGGUGACUCUUUGGUACAAAUUGGUGCCCCGUAUUCUGUGAAGGGUCUGAUGGCAAAUCCUAUUUGUAGUCCCAAGUACUGGAAACCUUCUACGUUUGGUGGAGAGGUUGGGUUCAACAUAGUAAAAACUUCUUCACUUAAAAAACUGUUUUGUGAAAAUAUCAAAGGAGAAUGUCCAUUAGUAUCAUUUAGAGUCCCAGACUAUGUUGAGGGAGAUGUAACAGAAUUCAUCAACCAAAAACUAGAAUUAUAACACUGCAUUUCAUUUCAAUGGCAUUGUGUUUCAAACAAAACCAAUUAGUAAAGCAUUUCAAAUGUUGUCAUGAAAUUUGACUGAUAUUGUACUGUGAGUGUUUAAAUGCUUAGUUAUUAUUUUCAUUUUUAAAAAUCACUUUCUGAAUUUAGUAGCAUUUAAUGUGAAUAAUGUCUAUUAAUAUUUUUAUAGAUGUUAUGAAUUUGAAAUCUGAAAUCCAAUAUCAUUUUAGUCUGAAGUUAGCUGAGAGUGUCAGUCUAUCAUCACUUAAUCAUAUCUUAAAGGACAGCUACAGUAAUUAAAACAGCAAUUUGUACUCAUUUGUUAGAUUAUAUGAGAGAGAGAGAGAGAGAGAGAGAGAGAGCGAGAGCGAGCGAGAGAGAGAGAGGACUGGUUGAUCUUUUAAAAUUGCUAGAAAGGAAAUAUGGUAUGCAAACUAUGUACACUUGAUAAUACAUGUACAUGUACCUGUUUAUCAGAUGUACAUCAUUGAUUAAUGUGUUCUUUUAGAUACAGUGCAUGUAUACUUGGAUUUUGUAUACACUAUGUUAAAAGAAUUCUAUUCUCCUUUAAUUUUUUUGGACAAUCAAAUACUGCAUUAUAAGUGUGUUACUGGUAGGGCAAAACCUUAUUUAAACAUUAUAAAAGUCAUCCAUCAUUAAAUUACAUAUAGUUUGACAUAGUUUUUGACAUAAAUGUACAGUCAAACUUCUUUAUCUAGAACUAGAUGGGACUGUUCAAAAACUUCGAGAUAUUGAGAGUAAAAUACUUAAAAUUUAAGUACCGGUAGUUGGGACUUACAAUUCACUUUGACAUUGUAUUCAAGAUAUCAGUGUUCGAGAUAUCGAAAUUCAACUGUAUAUACACAUAAAUAUUCUAUGUUCUUUUUUCUCAAGACAAGGUUAAUGGCCAGUUUUGCUCACAUGUAAAAGAAAUUAGGUUGCUGUUAUUAAAUGUUUCAGAAGAUUUUUGUAGUUAUGAUACACGUUUCCACUUUUAAUUGCAAAGGAUGAGAAUCAUCUUCACUCCUCUGUGAAAUGAAUGGGAAUUUGUUGUUUUCACUAUAAGAAGAAUGUGCACAUUUCUUAUAAGAUGUUACAGUUCACCUUUUGAACUACAUGGUGUAUUAACAUGUUGAUCUUCUUUUCAAUGUUUUAUAUAGAGUUUAACAAAAAUUAAAUUCAUUUAAAAGUUA